AUGCCCGCUGGGAGUGACAUGGGAGCCAUGGGGACUGGAUGGCUCAUCAAGCCGGAUCUUCUGGUCACUGCAGGACAUGUGGUGUACGAUCACUCCGGCAACGAUGGCAACGGCUAUGGCAAGCUGCGGAUCAUGCAAUGCUACAUUGGUUAUAAUGGCCGGGACUCCCUGACCACGGGCUUGAAGGACGGCUCAGUGCAAUCCAGAUUCGCAAAGAAAGUGGUCACCACGGGCGAGUGGGUGGAUAGCCGAGACAAUCGCCAUCGUGAUGUUGCCUUUAUUCAGCUGGCGACCCCAUUCAAAGGCAAUCUCCGUCUCUUCUCGUUUGUCUCCACUCCAAUGAAGAGCACAGAGAUGAUUGGCGUCGUCGGAUACCCCGGUGAUAUGCGAAUCAACGAUAGCGAUGGCGUCGACGAGCCGGGGGCUCAAAUGUAUGAGCUCUUCUCCGAAAUCAAGUACGACCGCAACGACAACGCGUUGAAGAUGCUGCAAUACAGAAUAUCCACUUUCGGAGGCCAGUCCGGCUCGCCUGUGAUCCGCAAGAAGGCGGGACAGGUAUCCAUUGGAGCUCACUGUUAUGGCGGAGCAGACACAAACUCGGCGAGUCCCAUUGGCCCCGACUUUGGCAACGACUAUAAUGCGUACCUGUCGGUGUUUAAUACUUCCUACCCAAGUGUCAAGGCUGUGGGCGGGAUCAAGUUUGUCAAGCCAACCUCUUCUUCCACUGGCUCGACUGUAACCGUCCCGGUUGCCUCGGACCCUAAGGCUGCGCCUGGAACUGAAGACUUUUUCGGUACCCCAGACAGCGAAGGCUUCUUCGAUAGUCUCAAAUCUGUGAUCAACGUGGUUUCCAAAGUGGGCCAAACAGUGCUGCCCCUGGCAUCCCCAUUGCUGGGUCCACUGGGCGGCCCGGUCUCUGCUAUCGCGGGCGCUGCUCUGGGCGCAGUCGCUAAUGCCACUGCUACCGAGUCGGCCUUUGUCGAUGUCCCCAAGGCUUCUCAGGGAGCCACCGAGCGAGCCGUUCUCGCCGAAGCAACUCUGCAGUCGGUCCUGAAGAUCAACGAUCCCGACCUGUCCGGCAAGAUUAUGAAAGACAUGCAGGCCACCUAUUCCCAGCUGUCACCCCAUGUCACCAACCUGGCGCCCAAGCUAGUCCCUCUGUUGAAGGACUCUGCUCUUCGUCUGGCCGUCAACCAGGACUAUCUGCGCAAGAAGCCGAUCUUGCUCAACCAGCGUCAAAACAUUGUGGAAGGUACCGAGUCGGCUAUUGCUCGCUCGCCAUUUGUGGAUGGUCUGUUGGCUCCUACCAAGGCGGUAGAUGGCGAAGAAGGCUUCUUCGGCGGGUUGGGAUCUUUCCUCAGCAAGGCCGUGUCGGUGGCCAAGCCUUUCGCAAUCACGGGUGCAAAGAUUGGAUUGCAGAUGCUGAAUAAUGCCCUGGCUCCAUCUGGCACCGAAAGCACCGAAUCUCUCUCGCCCGAUGACCAGGCAGAUCUGGACGCAGCCACUCUCGUCACGAAGCGAGCUGUCAUGGCCGAGGCGGCACUGCGCGCCGUGAUGAAACUCAACGCGGACGAUCUGGCGAAGGCCUCCUCCUCUUCGGGGGAUUCUGGCACCGGCGCCGAGGGUUUCUUUGACAGCAUCAAGGGGGCAGUGCAGAGCAUUGGUAGCGCCGUUGUGAAGGCUGCGCCCAAGGUAAUCAGCACUCUUGUUCCCAUUGCCGUCAACGUUCUGCAGAAGAAGCUGGCUGGCUCAUCCGAAUCCGCCCCAAUGAAUGGAUCAUCGAACGGUGUUUCCAAGAAGAAAUCCCUUUCCUUCGCGGAAAUUGAUGCAGCCGCACUCAACGGAUCCGGCGGGUUCGUUCAAAUCCCUGCGAAAGGCUUGAAGGUUAGUCCCGUGCCGCGGCCACUCCCCCUUGAAGAGAGAGAAUCCCGCCCCGUCUUGCGUAAACAAGAUCCCCUUGAAUUCAAGGCUCCGAAUAGGGACAGCCUUGUCUUUGAUAAGAUGCCCCAUCUUCAUCAGGACAACCAGUCCUAA